ACAGAGACUCCAACUUCUUCGGCUCCUUGCUCUGUGCUCUCAGGUGUUCCUUUUGUCACUCCCUGUGCUUGGCUGAUAAACAUGGAUCCAGGUCCAAAGCCCAUACACCACGCUUGAAUAAAAGAAGCCAGGCUCCAAAGCGGACGGGUACAAACCCAGGUCCAGGUCCAGACAAAUCUGGAAGAGCGCGUUUCAAGCAGCGAGGCUCUCUGCACGGUGCCUGGAGUCGCACUUCCUGGUCUCUUACGGGAAGAUCGACGUCCCCCUGGGAAAGGCCAGCCAGACUCCUAACAGCAGCUCUCGGACCCGGCCUGCGUAGAGGGGCCCACCACUACCAACCCCACCGUCUCGAAGACCGCAAGCCUCCAGCGCUGGGCGUCCGCGCCGCAGGGAGCCUCUGUCCCCGCCCCCCGGUGCCGCGCCCAUUGGCUGGGCCCCUCGUCGGCCACGCCCAGCGAUCUGUCCGACGCAUGCGCGGGAGCCCGCCGCCGCCGCCGCUUCAGCACCAGCGCCCGGACAGCGGCGCCGCCCACGGGCAUGGACGCGGGUAGCGGCAGCAGCAGCGGCGGUCCGGCUCCCGGUCCGGCUCCCGGCCCGGGUCCGGAAGGGGAGCAGCGGCCCAAGGGGGAGCCCUUGGCCUCAGACGGCAGCUCCCCGGACAGGUCCCAGAGCAAGGCCGUGGCCUCUGAGGCAAGCCCAGAGAAAAGCUGCUGCCCCCACAGUGGCCCCCUUGAGGACCCUUCUAGUUCUUCAGAACCCCCACCAGCAACUUCCACCCUCCAGCCUGUGCGCCCGACCAGCCCCUUGGCCCCUGCACACUUCACCUAUCCCCGGGCACCACAGGAAUACCGGGGGGACAGUUCCCUGCCGGGGCUUGGGGACCGGGCAGCUCUCUGUUCCCAUGGCUCUAGCCUCAGUCCUUCCCCAGCCCCCUCACAGCGAGAUGGGGCCUGGAAGCCACCAUCUGUGCAGCACCAUGUGGUCAGCGUCAGGCAGGAACGGGCCUUCCGGAUGCCAAAGAGCUAUUCCCAGCUGAUUGCCGAGUGGCCAGUGGCUGUGCUGCUGCUGUGUCUGGCUGUCAUCAUCCUCUGCACGUUAGCCGGACUGUUGGGGGACCGGCUGCCCGACUUCUCUAAGCCCUUGCUGGGAUUUGAGCCUCGAGACACAGACGUUGGGCGCAAGCUAGUAGUCUGGAGAGCACUGCAAACCCUCACAGGCCCCAGGAAGCUGCUUUCUCUCUCUCCAGACCUUGAGCAGAACAGCUCAAACCUCCAUACCACUCUGAGCCCCACACCCUGGAGCAGUGCCCAGGAGGGCUUAAUCCGGCCUCGAAGAAUGGUGGAGCCCUUGGAGGACAGAGGGCAGGACAGCUUCUUCUGUGGCCCACCUGAGAAGAGCUAUGCACAGCUGGUGUUCAUGUCCACCUCAGCGGGCAGCCUAUGGAACCUGCACGCCAUCCAUUCCAUGUGUCGAAUGGAACAGGACCAGAUCCGCUCCCAUACCCACUUUGGGGCUCUGUGCCAGCGUACGGAAGCCAACAAGUGCUGCCCCAGCUGGUCCCUGGGCAACUAUGUGGCCGUGCUCUCCAACCGCUCCUCCUGCCUGGACACAACUCAAGCGGAUGCAGCCCGAACACUGGCCCUUCUGCGGGCCUGUGCCACCUACUACCACCGCGGUGCCCUGGUGCCCUCUUGUCUGGGCCCUGGGCAGGACAAACCCCCACACUGUGUCCAGGUUCCCACCAAGUGCUCCCGGAACAGUGCCAUCUACCAACUCCUGCACUUUCUGUUGGACAGGGACUUCCUGAGUCCCCAGACAGCUGACUACCAGGUGCCCUCCCUCAAGUACAGCCUGCUCUUCCUGCCCACUCCGAAGGGUGCCUCCAUGAUGGGCAUCUACCUGGACCGCCUGGCCACCCCCUGGGGGCUCUCUGACAAUUACACAUCCAUCACUGGCAUGGACCUGGGCCUCAAGCAGGAGCUGCUGAGGCACUACCUGGCCCAGGACACAGUGUACCCCUUGCUGGCCCUGGCUGCCAUCUUCCUCAGCAUCGCCCUCUACUUGCGCUCCCUCUUCCUCACACUCAUGGUGCUGCUGGGGGUGCUGGGCUCCCUGCUGGUUGCCUUCUUCCUCUACCGAGUGGCCUUCCGCAUGGCCUACUUCCCCUUCGUCAAUCUGGCAGCCUUCGUCCUGCUCAGCAGCGUGUGCGCCAACCACACCCUCAUCUUCUUCGACCUGUGGCGCCUCAGCAAGAGCCAGCUGCCCUCUGGGGGACUGGCCCAGCGGGUGGGCCGCACCAUGCACCACUUCGGCUACCUGCUGCUGGUCUCGGGCCUAACCACAGCGGCGGCCUUCUAUGCCAGCUACCUGAGCCGCCUGCCAGCCGUGCGCUGCUUCGCCCUCUACAUGGGCACGGCCGUGCUGGCGCACCUGGCGCUCACGCUCGCCUGGCUGCCAGCCUCCGCCGUGCUCCACGAGCGCUACCUGGCACGCGGCUGUGCGUCCCGGGCGCAGGGCCAGCGGGGAGGCAGCGCCCCCCGGCGACUCGCGCUGGCCCUGCAGCGGCGGCUCCGAGGCCUUCGGCGGGCGGCGGCCAGCACCUCGCGCCUGCUCUUCCAGCGCCUCCUGCCCUGUGGGGUCAUCAAGUUCCGCUACAUCUGGAUCUGCUGGUUCGCCGCGCUGGCGGCAGGGGGCGCCUACAUCGCCGGCGUCAGCCCCCGCCUGCGGCUGCCCACCCUGCCGCCGCCCCGCGGCCAGGUCUUCCGGCCCAGCCACCCCUUUGAGCGCUUCGACGCUGAGUACCGCCAGCAGUUCCUGUUCGAGCGGCUGCCUCAGGGCGAGGGCGGCCACAUGCCCGUGGUGCUGGUGUGGGGCAUCCUGCCCGUGGACACCGGCGACCCGCUGGACCCUCGCAGCAACAGCUCCCUGGUGAGCGACCCUGCCUUCUCGGCGAGCGGUCCCGAGGCCCAGCGCUGGCUGCUGGCACUCUGCCACGCGGCCCGGAACCAGAGCUUCUUUGGAGCCCAGCCGGAGGGCUGGCCCACGCUGUGCUUCAUGGAGGCCCUCCAGCGCUGGGUGGAGAGCCCGGGUUGUGCCCGCCUGGGGCCUGGCCUCUGCUGUGGCCACUCGGGCUUCCCUUGGGCACCCCAGCUUUUCCUGCACUGCCUCAAGAUGAUGGCUCUGGAGCAAGGCCCCAACAACACCCGAGACCUAGGACCCCGCUUCGAUACCCACGGCAGCCUGGCUGCCCUGGUUCUGCAGUUCCAGACUAACUUCCAGUACAGUCCAGACUACAGCCAGACCCAUCAUUUCUACACUGAGGUCAGCCACUGGCUGGCAGCGGAGCUGGGGAGGGCACCUCCCGGCCUCCACCGAGGUUGGUUUACCAGCCAUCUGGAGCUGUACAGCCUGCAGCACAGCCUGAGCACAGAACCUGCUGUGGUGCUGGGCCUGGCUCUGGCGCUGGCCUUUGCCACGCUGCUGCUGGGCACCUGGAACGUUCCACUUAGCCUGUUCUCCGUGGCAGCAGUGGCAGGCACCGUACUGCUCACAGUAGGGCUCCUGGUUCUCCUGGAAUGGCAGCUCAACACUGCGGAAGCCCUCUUUCUCUCUGCUUCUGUGGGCCUCUCAGUAGACUUCACCGUCAACUACUGUAUCUCUUAUCACCUGUGCCCGCACCCUGAUCGCCUGAGCCGCGUGGCCUUCUCACUGCGCCAGACCAGCUGUGCCACAGCAGUAGGGGCUGCAGCCCUGUUUGCGGCCGGUGUGCUCAUGCUGCCCGCAACAGUGCUGCUCUAUCGCAAGCUGGGCAUUGUCAUUAUGAUGGUCAAGUGUGUCAGCUGCGGCUUUGCCAGCUUCUUCUUCCAAUCUCUGUGCUGUUUCUUUGGGCCAGAGAAGAACUGUGGGCAGAUCCUCUGGCCUUGCGCCCACCUGCCAUGGGAUGCUGGAACUGGGGAGCCAAGUGGGGAGAAGGCUGGCCGCCCACGAUCAGGGCCAGUGGGAGGGGCGCCGGGAUCCUGCUCAGAACAGUACGAGCUACAGCCCCUUGCCCGGCGCCGGAGCCCCAGCUUUGACACCAGCACGGCCACUAGCAAACUGUCCCACCGGCCCUCAGUACUCUCAGAGGAUCUACAGCUGCAUGAUGGCCCCUGCUGCCCCCGGCCCCCACUGGCCCCGGCCUCCCCAAGGGAGCUGUUCCUGGACCACCAGGCAGUCUUCAGCCAGUGCCCAGCCCUGCAGACUUCCUCUCCCUAUAAGCAGGCUGGCCCCAGCCCCAAAACCCAAGGCAGGAAGGAUUCCCCAAUGCAGAAAGCUGAGCCUGUGCAGGCCUCACCAGAAGCUUCCACCCACUCUCCCAAACCCAAGGCUGUGGAGCCUCCCGAUUGCCUCUGCUCCUCAGCCAGCACCCUGGAGGGGCUCAGUGUCUCUGAUGAGACCUGCCUGAGCACCUCUGAGCCCAGCGCCCGAGUACCAGAUUCUGUGGGUGCCUCCCCAGAUGACCUGGAUGAAACUGAGCAAACAGUACCCGAGCGGGGCCAGCUGAAUGGGAAGCGGGACACCCUAUGGCUGGCACUGAGGGAGACCGUGUACGACCCAUCACUGCCUGCCUCCCACCAGAGCAGCUCAUCCUGGAAGGGCCGUGGGGCACCAGGAGAUGGCAGCCCUGUGGUGCUGCCCAACAGCCAGCCAGAUCUGCCAGAUGUUUGGCUCCGCAGGCCCAGCACCCACACUUCAGGCUACAGUAGCUGAGGGAGGCUGGAUUAGGGCACAGAGCCGGUCAGAGGUGACCAGGCAGCCCAGACUGGAGCCGAAUGGCAUGCAUCUCCCCACGUCGGCAUGGAGAGGUUUCACCUCCGACCUGUGGAUUUUAAACCCUGCCACAUGUUUCAGCCUCGGUCCAGGCUGCUGCUUACUCUCCACACCCAGAGGAUUCAGUGGGGAGGAUCUUUGGAGAGAAAUGUCACAAGCUCACGUCUCGUGGCUUGCUGAGGUCUCAUCUGUCCCUGUAAUGCCAACCAGGACCUCUUGGAGGGGGAAGGCCAGGUGUGUAGCUCCAGGUAUUAGGGGUAGGCUGACCUGGCCCCCACGCCAACUGGGAGUAAGGAACCCAGUCCUUGGGACCCUGCCAGGGCACCUCUCCAACCAAAACAGCCCUGAGGAAACUCAGGAGCCUCCGGGACCUCACACCUUUCAGGGGCUCUUUAUCAGGACACUUCCUUCUCUUUGGGGGUGCUUCUCUGGGCCAGGAUUAGGCCGAGGCCUCUUUCCUGAAUGGCCCUACCCCAUCACGCUCCCCAGUCUGACCAGAAAUUUAUCAAGGCUGGGCCGAGAUGACUGCUGGGAAUGAAGCAGGCGGAGGAGGGCCAGGCCUCAGAGUAUCUCUAAAUUGCAGGAUAGUCCCUCACAGGGAGCCCCUCUGGCACAGGAAGAGUGCUCCCUCCUGUAAACAAACAAUAAGAAUCCUUUAUAUCCUGCACCUCUUAGUUUACAGAAUUCUUUACUUGCAUACCCAUUGUCCCCUUGGACUCUCACCAUUCACUACGGGGCAGCCUGCAAUUAGCCAGGCCCUUAUGCCCAUAAUUUAUAGGUCAAGUCAUUGAGAAUAAGUAAGGUUAAAUGAUUUACCCACAGUCACAGAGCUUGUAAAUGGGAGAGCAGGUUUCCUGGCUCCCUCCACCUCUAGAACUCCCACUCUCCUGGCUACCUGCCCAAGAGACAUUGCCUGUGGCUAACCUGCUGGUUCAUCUCACCGGUGUCUCUGAGUACACUCCUACCCUUCCUCUCUUCAGAUCUCCAUCUCCAGACAGAGCUAUACUCUGAGCAAGCCAGGAGUUGCUCUGCAUCUGCUUUGUGCUUCCCUCCAGAUCCACUGAGAACCUACCCACACUGGGGCAUCAUGGCUGAUCUGAUUUCCCAGGUUCAGGGCCAGGGGCAUGCUUCUUCCAUAGCCAGGGUAUGGAGAGCCUCUUCCAGGAGAGGCACUGAAGGCAGAAGAGGUCCAACAGAAUUCACUGAAGGCAGGAAUUCAGGCCUGCCCUUUUGGGGAGUGUGUGAGUCUAAAACUAUUCCCCAGGUCAGGGUCCCCAACUUCCUAUGGACAAGUCUGUGGAGGUACUCGGCGGACCAACAGGUGACUCUUCCUCCCCAAAGCAGAGUCUCUCUGCAAGGUUUUAUGCCAUGUCAGAGCUCAUGGCACUUGGAACAAGUUUAAACAGCCACUCUGAUAUGGUAGUACAAGGAGACAGAGGCACGGAAAGAACAUUGAACAUCUGCCCUCAGGGAGCUCCCACUCUAUCUGGGGAAACAGCUCACACAUAUACACAGGGUCAGAUGGGUCACUGAUGGCACCAUGCAGUGUGGGCAGAGGGCCAAAUGCCUGUCACCAUCAGAACUGCUGGAGGUCAAGUACCCAGGAUGGGGAACCAGGAAGGCUUCCUGGAGGGGAGACAGCUUGAGCUUGCCUUCAGAAGUACAAGUGUCUCAGACUGUACCUCUGUGAUCAUUCAUUCUAACAGUUUUCAAACUUGGUAGCCUUGGGACCCUUUCUUCAAAGAACCCUUGUGUGAAAACACAGUAUAUAAAACAGAUUAAAAGCAGCUACUCUGGUGGGUGCCAGGUAAGGGUAUACAGAGCCAGCUCAGCCUCACUUUCUACUAUGCCUCACGGGGGCCCUGGGGAACCCCUCAAGUUCCUGGCAGCUCCACAGAAUGUGGUGUGAAAACUACUGAUCCAGGCCAUUUUACAGAUGAGGAUCACAGAGGGAAAGGGAUUUUUCUAGGGCCAAAUAGUCUGUGACCAAGCUGGAGGCAAAUUAAGAGGUGUUUUUGUUCUUUUUUUUUUUUUUUUUUUUCUAUAUUGUUGAGACCUACCUCCCGCUCAAGUAGCCCCUGAGAAGUGGAGCAGAAACCCCAAUGACACAGAGCUAAGACCACGGGCAGGAAUGACAGGAUACAUCGGCUCCUUUACAGGUUAAGAAAAUCAAACCCCUGACACCAGAAAGCAGAAGCAGUGACUAGGACUUAACUUGGACCUCUCCCCUGGGAGGUCUGCUGGGACUCUAUCUUCAUGUCUAAGUAGUUCCACCUCUCUGGCCUGGGGCUGCUCAUCAGGGUCUUGGCUUCUCUACACCAUGGACCAUGUCCUUCUGUACCGCACAGCCAGGCCGAAAGAGCCUUGGUCUCAUCUGGGACAGUCAGCCAGAGGGCGGACAAGGUGAGCCCUUCUUCCUGAGCAUGAGCAGAAGUCUGGCCUUGACUCAAAAGAGAGACCAGAAUCUUAGCUGCUUCUGAGCAGCUCACCAAGGCUCUUCUGCCCUGUAUUGUGGGAGGGCAACAGGGGCCUGGACCACAAAAACCUGCUCCUCCACACCCUCUUUUGUGUCCUGCAAAGGGAGACAUGUCAUCUGGGACUGGAGCUUCAACACUUUCCCUGGACACAAUCACCGAAAUAAAAGAGAGAGUACAUAGGGGUGGGUAGGGCAGGCAUCAGGGAUUUGGGUACACCCGAGGAUCCUACUCAGAGAUUUCUGGGUCCCAUUCUUGCAGGUGACAGCCACAAAACCCUCAUCAGGAAGACAGAUGAGCCAGAGUAGCUGAGGUACUGACUGGAUUUGUUCUGCAUAUCACUGGGCCCAAAAGACUGGAAGAACCCAGUGGUAAUCUAAAACAUCGCCUCACAGCUAGAGUGGCCCAUACCAACAACAGGCAACCCAUAUCUAUGGAUCAUCCAGCCUGUCUCGCUGGCCCCAAUUUUGGAAAGCAGGAUUGAAAACAUUUCCAAACUCCUGUGAGUUCCAGCAGACCUAUUCACUUUAUUAUUAUCAUUGGUGGUUCCAAUGAGUAUAUGGCUGAGAAGCAUGCUGAGGCAGGGGAAAACCAGUUAAAGCAUUCACAUAUGCUCUGAAUUCAAGGAACAGUCUCUUAACACUGAGACACUUUAAAAUAGAACUACGUUAAUACCCAUUUGGGACUUAAGGUCAUUUCCUUUAUUUGUACCACAGAUCCUUGAACUCACACUCAGAGUAUGAGUACGUGUGCUGUACGUUUUUAAAAUGUAACUUGGUAUACUUUGUUACUAUGGGAAAACGCAUCCUUCCACAGCUGUGGCGCUUUGUUGACUGGCAGACUCUUGGAUUUUAACUAGCACAUGGCAUAUCUGAUGCUAUGAUAUUUAGGCAAUAUCCUAGCUUGAGCCUGAUUCUGUCAGAGACAUCUCACAAGAGAUUUACAAACCAAACUUCCUCAGCCCCAUCUAACUCAUUCCAUUCUUCUCCCAUUGCAUGACAGGAAAGGGAGGCAGGUGGGAGGUAUCAGGAAAGAAGAUUCAUUGAUUUACAACCUUCAUCCGUUUAUCUGGAGAGUUUCCGAUCUUUUCUUCCAUGGUGGCCUUAUCUCAGCCUUUGAUAAUACAUGUAGGCAAUGACAAGCUCUCUGACACCCCAUGCCAUCCAUCAAGAUGCCAUUUGCUGGGGGAUAGAAAAUACAGGCAUUCUUCAUCCUUUCCACCCACACUCUUGUUCGCAGGGACAAUGAUAACUCAAGGUCUGGAAGUGUUUAUGCUUAAGAGAAGAAAUUGUAACUCAGUUUAGUGGGAAGAUGAGAAACAAAAGAAAGCCAUUAUGUGUUAUGUAAAUGAUUGGUUGUCCAAAGCCACUCUGCUGAAAAGCCCUGGAAGGACCUUGAUAAAAUUAUAAUCACUA